CCCGCAGCACCAGCACCACCAUUGAUCACUCAAACCGAAAGUUCACAACACCGAAAAGAAAAAAAGUUUCUUCAAUGUUUAACCCAACCAUCAAUCGAAGUGACAGAACUAAGGAAACUAUCAUGGUCAGGUAUACCAGAUAAACUAAGAUCGAUCGUAUGGCAAAUCUUAUUAGGCUAUUUACCGGCACCGGCUCAGAGAAGAGUUUCGGUUCUCGCACGGAAAAGACAAGAGUAUUCGGAUGCUGUUCGAUUGGCUUUUGGGAAAGGUUUAGAUCAAACUAUUUGGCAUCAGAUUCAUAUUGAUGUUCCUAGAACUAAUCCUGGGGUGGCUCUUUGGCAAUUUCCUGCUACACAAAGAAGUUUAGAAAGGAUUCUGUAUGUUUGGGCAAUUCGACAUCCAGCCAGUGGUUAUGUACAAGGCAUUAAUGAUUUAGUGACCCCAUUCUUUCAAGUGUUCUUAUCAUCUUAUAUUACCACUGAUCCAGAAGAAUUUGAUGUAGCUGAAUUACCGACGGAAGUUUUGGAAUCCAUUGAAGCGGAUUCUUUUUGGUGUUUGUCAAAACUUUUGGAUGGCAUUCAAGAUAAUUAUAUUUUUGCUCAACCUGGUAUUCAAAGAUUAGUGGCUAGAAUGAAAGAACUUUGUAAAAGAGUGGAUGCUCCUUUACAUCAACAUCUUGAGAAUGAAAAAGUAGAGUUUAUUCAAUUUUCGUUUAGAUGGAUUAAUUGUUUAUUAAUGAGAGAAUUAAGUACCAAGAAGAUUAUUAGAAUGUGGGAUACAUAUCUUGCAGAAGGAACAACGGCUUUUUCGGAAUUUCAUUUGUAUGUGUGUGUGGCUUUUUUAGUAAAGUAUUCGGAACAAUUACAAUCUAUGGAUUUUCAAUCAAUCAUCAUCUUUUUACAAUCGUUACCCACAAAUGAAUGGAGCGAAAGUGAUACGGAAUUAUUACUUUCUCAAGCGUUUAUGUGGUAUUCUUUAUUUCAAGGUGCAACGGGUCAUUUUAUUCGAAAAUGA